UAAUGACCCGGAAAAGACACUACUGGGGGAGUUGCACAGCAAACUGCCGAAUGUUUGUCGCGUGUGUCUGUCCGAGGACUCCUUGAAAAGCGACGAGGGCGAGCUGUAUCUGAUCAAAGAUAUUUUUGUGCAGCAAACCGAUCUUACCGAGAAUAUGCACUCGUUCUGCGACAUUCUUUCUGUGUUCGUCAACGACGAGAUCGAGGCCGCCCACGGAGAACUGGUGCCAAGGAGUGUGUGCGUGCGGUGUGCGGAUAUGGCACAGGUGGCGUUCCAGUUUGUCCUGCGCUGCCGACGAGCGGAUAAGCUGCUGAGCGAGUAUUUCAAUGGUUCAAAAAACAGUGACCCCGUUGACGACGGCACGAGUGACAAAGACAAGGGACCGUGCGAAGAGAAUUUAGAGUUUGAUCUGCUGUUAUCGAAACCCGAUACCGUGGAAUCACUGGACACGGGCGGCGAAGUGGAGGACGGGCUACAAACAGAAAUCAUCGUGCAGAACGAAAGUGAACACCGGAAGCAGCGUUUACAGUGUGAUAAGUGCGAGAAAACCUUCAGUCAGACGCAGACUUUGCGUCGGCAUUACAAGACGCACGAUCAAAGCACGAAAACGAAACAGUGCCCGCACUGCGUGAAAGUAUUUGCCCGGGCAGAUGAUUUGUCCCGGCAUGUGCGCAUACAUACCGGAGAGCGUCCGUACGUCUGUAAGCUGUGUCCAAAGGCCUACAAACAAUUAUCGGGGCUAAAUGAACACAUUCGAACGCACGGCGGGAAACGGCCCUUCCAGUGUUCUGUAUGCCACAAGGAACUGACUUCCCGCAACGGACUGUUCGUGCACAUGAAGGGUCACCGUGGCGAUAAGAGGCACGCCUGUGCGUUUUGCAGCAAGCGCUUUCUCACGUCCAGCGAGCGAACCUCCCACAUGCGGUAUGUUCAUAGCAGCCAAAUUGCUUAUGAGCCGCGCGUCUGUCCGAAUGAAAACUGUAGCCGAACGUUUGUUACGAAAGCUGCCGCUGAAGCACAUCGAAAGACACAUUUGAAAUCUGAUUAAAUAAAGCGCUGUAUUGUCAGUGAACCCAUUCUACGCCGGUGUCCAAAUAAAGCAUCCCUUUACCGGCGUCGGUUUGAAGCCCCGCACCACCUCGUUCAGCUGGAGCC